CUCCACCCCUGAGACUCCCCAUCUCCCAACAUUGUCACUCUCUCUCAUCCCUCACUGCUCUCUGCCUCUCCCAUCUGUCCCCCUCUCUCUCUCCCUCACCCCUCACCCCUCACCCCUCACCCUGUUUUUCCGCCUGCCUUUCUUUCUCUCUCAAGCUUUCGUUUUCUCCGUUUUCGAUUUUCUCAUCUUUCUCAUUUUUCUUAGCCAAAUCAUCUGUGCAAAUUUUUUGCGUUUAAAACGCUUUGAAAAAUAAAUAGUUGCUGCAUCUUGCGUUUAAAACCCGAGUCAGUACCCAUUUUUUUGGUGUUAUUCUCUGUUUUUGUCUGCGAUCCCUGUAAGUCUCUCUCACUCUAGAGGUACCCGCUGGAUUUCAUUUGCCGUUGCCGAUCUGCAGGUCACUUUGAUCUUCAUUUUUUGGGGAAUCUGUGUACAAGCUUGGAAGCCGUUAAUAUGCUCAAGAAGAUUGAGAAACAGAAAGUUGGAGGACUGGAUGAUCACGUAUUAACCCAUUUUAAAAGAAAAGGUAAACCAUGAAAAUCUCAAAGUGAUAUCCCAUGACCUACAAGUAUUUUCUUAUCGAUCAGAUCAUUAUUGGAAGCCUACUUGGAAUCUCCAUCCCUUGGAAGAGUUGUAUUAAUUUGCAUUUGAUUGGAAGGGUUGCAGAGAUUUGAUUCAAAUUGGUGGAUUUGGGUCAACAUGACUGUGAACAUAUUAGUAGAGUCAUUGCAUACAUGGAAUACAAGGAGUGAUCGAUGAACAGCAGCAUGAGUCGUUGCCACAACACGAGACCCAGCUUUUGACUGUCCACUGGCAUCUCUCCAAAGGUCACUAUGCUCUUCGUUUUUUUGGGGCUUUUGUUUACAUCUUUCAAAGCCCUUUAUGCUCAAGGUUGAGAAUGUGAAAGCUAUGUUGGAGGUGGAGACACGGGUACUACUUCAGCAGCAGAAGUUGCUAUGUGAGGGUAGGGAGAUGAGGAAUUCUGAGAUGCUGAGUGCUCUUGGUGUCAAAGAUGAAGAUUGGAUAAUGAUCGUAUCUAAUGUCGCCUCGAGGUGCGUUGAUUGUGGGAGUUUUGGGAAGAGUUCCCAAGCUCAUUCUGCAAAUUAAAGGAUUCACAGACGCGACCAACAGAAAAAGGUGGGAUUAUUUUGUUUGAUGUUUGAAUCAAAAUUUGAUAUUUUUUUUGUGUGAAAUUACAACGGAAUUGCAAAAUUGUCAGGAUCUGCGGUUGCAAUGCUUUUGAUGCAUGCAAUAAGUAGGAAGCUACUACUCUUAUGGAGCUUCUUUGGCAUGUUAUUCUCAAUCUUCAGAUGGUGAUUAUUUGAUAACUUCUCCAAACGUGGCUACUCAGCCUUUGAAAUACAGAGCUGAGGAUGAGAGGAGGUAGAUGAGCUAGAAUCGGUAGGCUGAUCACCUGAGAGUAUGAGUAUAAUACUGAUGACGCAAUAUGAUCUACAAAUGAAUGGUUUCUUAUAGCAUGCAUAUCCAUACAUAGCAAGCAAAGUUUCACUUCAUUGGUUCUUAGGUAAUACCCCAUCUUUUUAGUUACUUUGUGUGGAAAUUAUUCACGUGUGUCUGUGGAUAAUACAUUCAAUGUCCGCAACAAAGCACGCACACAUUUUCUAGUUUAAGCUAAGUGCGUUGAGCCCAUGUGACAUGUUUGAAUUUCAUGGUAGGAGACAACACGGGACUUUGACAAGUCCAUUCAGAAAUCGGAAUGAGGAUUCUUUUUUAAUCUUCUUUGUGAAGAUUCCAUAUAUCUUUUAAUCGUAUCCGUUUAUCAUAUAUCGUGCUGUCAGAAAGUAUUUUAAUUUUUUUAUUUAAAAUUAAAUACAAAUAAUACCUGACAAAAAAUGAUCAUAUCAUAUAUGAUGAACAGACAUGAUUGAAGAAUUUUCGGAAUCCUCACAAAGAGAAUUCGGAGAGAAUUCUCGUUCCAGAAAUUGCAUCACAAUUUCUGCCAAGACCAAAUAGUAAAUGUAUGCAUUUUCAUAUAACGCAUUAAUUCACUAAUUAUUCACGUUUAUGGAAUACUUUGACAGAAAUUGUGAUCUUGGUUUUGGCAGUUUUCCGGACGAAAAUACUUACAAGUUUCCUUGGAAGACUGACAGACUAUUCGAUGACAAUGAUAGUUGACAGUGCAUUUUUUAACCCAAAAGACAAAGACACCAACAUUGAACGAAUUAAUAAUUUAAAGUUGAAAAGUAAACCGGACAUUUUUUUUACAUGAUUUGUUAACACGACACAUAAACAUAAAAAUAAAGAAUUUUGGAUCAACACAAUAAUUAAUUAGGUUGUUAUUGGAUUACACGAUAAGAACUUAUUAAUAAUGUAUCCUUAACAAGUUUAUCCGAGGAUGACACGUUGGUAAAUCGUUUUGAUACGUUAAAAAAAAAUUAUUUCGAUGAUUUUAAUUUUUUAAAUUAUUAAUAAAAUUUAACUAUAAAAUACAACAACCAUAAUAUAUAUGUGUGUGUAUAUAUAUUUAUACAUGCUAAAGUCCAGUUGAUUGGCACUGUUCAUUAUGUGAGAGCGUGUACUGUUCACCAACAGUUAAAGAGCGGGAAUGCACUUGGUUUCUGCUUUGGUUCCGUACUGUUCACACUUUGCUACAGCAAGAAGUCUGUUUUGUCCUUCCCUGCCUCACGUCUCUCAUCUGCUUUGGAUAAGGUUUGUAGUGGACAAAAAUCUAAGAUUAAAAAAUGUUAGGAGAUAAACACAAGCACAUGUUUUCUGACACCGAAAAGGAUAAAAAAUAAUAUAAACAAAGAGUUUUGAAUGGUGCCCGGCACCAUGUGGGAAAAAGAAAGAAAAAUAAUAUAAAAAAUAAAAGUUUUGAAUGGGUUACUGACAAGAAGAGAAGAAAAAAUAAACAAAGUGUUUUGAAUGGUGGACGGCACAAGUGUUUUGAAUGGUAGUAGGCAUUGCCUACUUGGCAUGGCUACUUGCCUACUUGGCAUGCAAUUGGCAACCUCCUGUAAGUGACCUAUAUAUGGUUCACAAAUCCUCCAUUGCAAUUUGCAUUUGUGUUCUUAUUUCAACGUUAUACUUUUUAGGAAAUCUGAGAGAGAGGUGGAAGCAUGAAUCCUUCUCUGUAUGAAGCAGCUGCAACUGGUGAUGUUGGCUUCUUGGAAGGACUUCUAACAGCUGAUCUCUCUCAGAAAACACCUAAAGAGAACAAUAUUCUUCACAUUGCAGCUGAAUUCAAGCAAAUAAACUUCUUCAAAAAAGUGAAAAAAAUUCCCGAAUCUCCCCGGUUUUGGGCCACCAACAAGAAUGGCGAAACUCCUCUACAUGUUGCCGCGAGAGUAGGUUGCGGUGAAGUAGUAACGUUCCUCAUUGAGCACAUAAAAGCGGAACCUAUGGAAGUGGUUGAUCUUGAUCCAGAAAAGGAACCAACUGACGGUGAAGCUUACAAAAAGCUACUCCGAAUGCCUAAUUUGGAAAUGGAUACAGCACUGCAUGUUGCUGUUCGAUACAAUCAUGCUGGAGUAGCGAAGAUUUUGCUGAGUGCUGAUCCUGAAUUGUGUUGUUCAUUUUACAGCACCAAGGAGUCACCCCUGUUCCUAGCUGUUAGAGCCGGGUCUACCAGCAUUGCUGAUUAUAUUUUAAAAAAGACUCCGGAUCAUGAAUCUCUUUCUUUUCAGGGAACAAAUGGUGUGACCGCUUUGCACGCAGCAGCCACUCGUAUACCCUUCGCCAAGAAAGGAAUUGUGCAAUCUAUGGUUACCAAAAAUCCUGGGAUGGUCGAAGUUCGUGAUGAAAUAGGGUGGACUCCAUUACACUACGCAUCACUGAGAGGGAACCUUAAAGCAGCUCAACUACUGAUUCAAAAUUGCAAAACUUUCAAAUUUGCUUGUUACAUCAAAGACGAGCUUGGCAUGUCAGCUCUCCACGUCGCGGCAUAUGCAGGGCACACCCAAAUAAUUGAAGAGUUGAUCGGACGUUGUCCUGAUAUUUGUGAUUGUGUCAAUCACAAGGGCCAAACAGCUCUACAUGCAGCAGUUUUAGGCGAAAAGAUAAAUGUUGUGAAGUGUACGUUUUGAAGACGCCUAGGCUUGCGAGACUUAUAAACGAAGCAGAUAAUGAUGGAAACACUCCUUGGCAUCUAGCUGCUAUUCAUGAAAAUAGUGAAAUCGUUGCUAUUUUAAGGAGAGACAGGAGGUUGAACAGAACUGCUAUCAAUAAAGAAUUUUUGCAAGUUAGCGACAUUUUGCUCGCCGAGAACACGGGAAGAAUCUUUUAUUUAUUUCCCUUGGAUUUCAACUUUGAACUCUCUAUUUUAUUUUCUUAUAUUGGAUAGAAUCAAACGCAGAACAUAUCUAAAUCCAAAUUCGUUACCUUAUUGUUCUUAA